UCGUCAGUCAAGUCUCAACUUCCGGGUGUUGAGACGUAACGUUGCAAAACAGACAUCCAUUCCUCCCCACGCAUACCUUGACCGGAGCGGACAAUCCCACUACACAACUUGAACUACAUAACUUUAGAAAGAUGAUGAUGUCAGAGGUCCUACAGGUGCUACGGGGUGCAAGUAAAGUAGGAUCUGCACUGAUCGCCACCCAAGGGGAACAGCUUCGAUUCAUUGCCUGUAACUCCUCACUGGGAGCAGGGGUUAAAGUUGCCCAGGAAGCUGCAAAAGGGCUGGUGGGCGCCUUCAUGGGUGGCAGCAAUGUACAACAGUCAGUUGAGGAGGAUGUGUAUCCUGAUGCUGAAGGCUGGGAAAAUAUGGAUGUCGAUGAAGCUGCCAAAUGGGCUGCAGGUUCAGAGUUCCCUCCUGAUUCUGGAAACCAAACACAGACAGAAGCCACAGGUGUGCAUUCUGGCUCCGGGGCGUCCUCAGCAGACAGAGGGUGGCCAGGCCAGGACACGCGUUUCCUCCACACGUCUCCCCAACUGCAGCCAUUCUUUCACCAAACCAGAUGUGUCCAUGACGCAGUGGUGACCAGACUGACCCCGGAAGAUAUCAAGAAGGCCAGGGAGGCUAAGCAGGUCUUGGUUAAACCUGUUCGACAGAAGCUGAGUGACCGUGCCAGAGAGAGAAAGGUACCUGCAACGAGAAUCAGCAGGCUGGUUAAUUUUGGAGGACUGGCAGUGGGUCUGGGCAUUGGUGCCAUUGCUGAAGUAGCAAAGCAGUCACUGGGAGGCAAACAAAAAGGAGAUAAGAGUGCCUUGCUGGACUCUCCUCUCUUGUCAGAAGCCAAUGCUGAGAGGAUUGUCAGCACAUUGUGUAAAGUCCGUGGGGCUGCACUAAAGAUUGGACAGAUGCUCAGCAUACAAGACAACUCCUUCAUCAACCCCCAGUUGCAGAAGAUCUUCGAAAGGGUCCGACAGAGCGCAGACUUCAUGCCAACCUGGCAAAUGACUAACGUACUAGAGCAAGAUCUGGGUACAGGCUGGAGAGACAAGCUGUCGUCCUUUGAGGACAAACCGUUUGCCGCCGCUUCCAUUGGCCAGGUACAUCUUGGGGUUUUAAAAGAUGGCAGAGAAAUUGCCAUGAAGAUCCAGUACCCUGGAGUGGCAGAAAGUAUCCACAGUGACAUAAACAACAUGAUGUCUGUACUAAAGAUGAGUGCUGUGCUACCAGAAGGCCUUUUUGCAGACAGCAGCUUGGAGGUUCUUCAGAGAGAAUUAGAAUGGGAGUGCAACUAUGAGAGAGAAGCUGAGUGUGCCAAGAAAUUCAGGUUACUGCUGGAGGGAGACGAGUUUUUCCAGGUUCCUGAGGUGGUGGACGAGUUGUCGGGACUCAGAGUGUUAGCAAUGGAGCUUGUCCAGGGAGUUCCUUUAGACCGCUGUGUGGACUUGGACCAGGACACCAGGAACCAGAUCUGCUUCAACAUCCUGCAGUUGUGUCUUAGGGAGCUCUUUGAGUUCAGGUUCAUGCAGACUGAUCCGAACUGGGCCAACUUCUUCUACAACUCCGAGACAAACAAGGUGAUUCUUUUAGAUUUUGGAGCGUGCAGAAGCUACCCAGAAUCGUUCACAAAUGACUACAUAGAGGUGGUGCACGCAGCAUCCAUAGGUGACAGAGGCACCGUUCUUGCCAAAUCCAAAGAGCUGAAGUUCCUGACAGGAUUUGAGACCAAGGCCUUCAUGGACGCUCACGUGGAGGCUGUGAUGAUCCUCGGGGAAGCUUUCGCAUCUCCCGAGCCGUUCGACUUCGGCACCCAGAGCACGACGCAGCGCAUCCAAAGCCUGGUCCCCGUCAUGCUGCGGCACCGCCUCACCCCGCCGCCCGAGGAGAGCUACUCGCUGCACCGCAAGAUGGCCGGCUCCUUCCUCAUCUGCUCCAAACUCAACGCCAGCAUAGCGUGCAGGGACAUGUUUCUGGACGUUUACAACGCCUACAACCAGAGGAGACGCGGCCAGCAGGCAGCACAGUCCAACGCCUAGGGCUCCUUCUCAGGAAAACUCAGUUUUUAAUCUUAUUCCACCAAGCAUUCACGACUCUACACCAAUAUACUGUAAAUACUAACGAGAGCCAAUGUUGGUGAUGCAGGCCGAAGCUGAGACAGGAUGGACAUAUUAGCAUUUAACAUGUAUAUUUGUUAAACAUAUUAUAUUGCAAUGACUGCUUUAUUUAUGCCUUUUGAAUGGGGCACAUAGUUGCAUAUACCGGUAAUAGUCUUUUGUCUUGAAAUGUCCUUAUGUACAGCAAGUGUCAACAUCUUCAGUUGUGUUGACUUCCUGUGUGACACCGACAUCUGCCUCGCACUGCACAAUUGUGUCUACUGUAACCUCCAAGGCCGUUGUGUUGUCGUUUUUAAUGAAAUGUGGGGGGAAAAAAUGGAUAUGUCUAUAAGUGAGCUUUACCGGUAAGCCAAGAUCAUUUUGUGUAUUGAUCUGUCUAAAAACAGUUAGACAGAUAAUCAUUAAGAAGAGUUCAUUAUAGAUUUUUGUACAUUAUUACACAAUUGCUUUGGCUCAGCUGGCCUUGUUUUUAGCCAAAGUGCUGGCCGUAAUGGCAGUUAUUUUGCUUCAACAUUGUUUAUUUUUAAUCAAGACAAAAAUGCUGCCUCGAGUUUCCAUUAGCACCUCAGCGCUUACAUCCAGCUUGGCUCAGAUACUUGACAUUAAAAUUUCAGUUUAUUCGUUGUGCACACCUGAUGACUGCAGCACACGGUGGAGAAGAAAAGAUUAUUUUUGUCUUCGAGUUACGUUCAUUGGAAAAUUGGGGUGUUGCUAACCUGUCAAAAGAAGUUAUGUACCAAAUUUAAAUGUAUUACACGGGUGUCAAACUCAAGGCCCGGGAGCCAGAUCUGGGCCACAAAAGCCUGGAGGUAAUGUGGGCACUUCAUCUUUCUUACUAAAUGUAUUCAAUGUUUCCAUUUUUUGACAGACAAAAAUAUGUAAUGCAUGAAAUUGCAUUUGUUUAAACUUAAAUAUCUGCUCAUGCAACAAAUAUAUUACUAGAGGUAGGACUCUGUAGACACCUCACAAUUAGAUUCAGAAUCUAUUCCUGAUUCAACACAAUUCUCAAUUCAAAUCAAUUCUUGCAAUGUAUUAUUAGGUAUAAUAAUUAUAAUAAAGUCUUUUCAA